AUGGGAGUUCUUGACAUUUCUCAAAUGGGACUGCUAGAGGUGACUGCCCUUAAGCAGGGAUACCUCGACCUUUCCUCUACUAUCGCUUCGAGGAUAGUAGAGUGCGAUGCUCGCAUAACUAAACUCCAUGCUACGGAUGCUGAGCCAAUUGAUAUUGCAGAAGAUGAGGGAGACGUCAAUGAUGAGGUUGAUGGUGAUGACGAGGACAAGGAUGGGUCUGACCUUGCUGAUGAUGAGGGCGAAGAUGGGUCGAGUGAGAAUGAUGAAGAUGGCGGUGAUGAAGACAAUGAAGACCAAGAUGAUGUUCAUGAUGGAAAUGGUAGUAAUAAUGACAACGUUGAAGACGAUGGUGAUGGUUCCAAUGAUAAUGUUAAUGACGAAGAAGAUGCUAAAGAUAACGACGAAGAAGGGGCUGCUGGACAGGAAGAGGAAGUUGAUAGUCCUAUUGGAAAUGGUAAUGACGAUGAAGAUGGUGAGGAUAAAGAAGAUGGUCGGAGUGUCGCCGAGGAAGGUGGUGAUGACUCAAUUCAUACUCUGGAUAUUGGACAAGAAGGUAACCAGGGAACAAAGCAUGGCGCAACAGAGAGUGCACUGGACUCUAAUGUCCCUAUAUCAAAGCCGGUGGCCAUCAGCACACCCACACCUAAAACUGAGGGAAAGAAGGUUGGUGGUGAAGGGAUGGUGAAGUGUAGCACACUCGAUGAUGUUGUGCAAACUGGAGCAGCUAAUCUGACUAGGAGAGAUGAUGAGAAGGGGAGUGUGAUGGACCCAUCAGUAACUAUAGCAGAGACGCUGGCAAGUAUCAAAGCAGACCUCUCGUUGGAUGAUGUUGACGAUGAUUUCCAACAGCCAAUGCCUCCCACCAAAGUUUACAUACUCCGCUCAAAGAGGAAACCCAGUAGUGCGAUGUUGUCUCCCUACCGGGCAUUUGAUGGCACAGGACUUGUCCCGAAGCUGUCUAUCGCGGUAUCGGGCAAAUUGAAAGCCCAAUCAUCUUCUGAAAGCGUCUCCGCAACACACAUAGACCCGUUGGACCCAAUAACACUUGGCCAGCUAAGGUUGGAGUAUGCUAUCUGCGAAGAAGGAGACAUGGAUGAUGCUGAAGUGUUGAGCGCUGCUGCCGGGAGCCAUUUUUCCUUAAGUAGAGCGGAUGCAAAGUCAGCCAUAUUUGGCAACGCCAUGACCACGAAUUUUGUUGACUUCUACGCCGACUACCUGAACAGGAAAACCGGAAGCACUAUGUCGAUAUCUAGAUGGGUAUUCACGCACGACUUUGCGCAAGGUGUAGCAACACUAAUGGAUUGGGGCACUACCAUGAACACGCAAAGUGAGUGGAUCAGUGAGGUAUGUGAUAUGAUCGAACAAAGCAAGUGGCUCAAUGGGAAGACACUACACAACUGCAACUUUUGGUUCUUGCCUUACGUUGCUGCCUCAAAAAUGGUGUUGUACUGUGUUAACUUGAAGGACAAGAAGUUCGAGUUCUUAGACGCUAGCGGUGGCAAAUUUACACCCUUACUAAAAAAACUUGGUGAACAUGUUGUAAAUUUUGUGACUCAGUACAUCGAUGUGGUCUUGAAGCUGAACUACAACUGGGGAGAUUUCCGUUGGCGUCAAGUGACAAGUAUUAACAGCCAUGAAGACACACACGGGGGCAUUGUUUGCUUGAACUUCUGUGAGCUGUGGGAAGGCAAACUUCUGACCGUUUGGAAGAGAACAUGGCGUGGCCAAACUUAUCUGAGGAGCAGGUCUGCUCAAAUGGUUUAG